UGCGCCGUUUAUCGUUGAAGCACGGUGUCCAGCUUUCAGCUUUCCUCGCUCUCCCGGACGAAAUCCUCGAUGAAAUCGUCUCAGAGCUCGACCAACAUCGGGACCUCGUUUCGUUCGCACUCACCUCGAAAGCAUGCGCGGCGACUGUCAUUCCCCACCAUACGCAGUACCGGAUAUUGCGCGUGCGGAACACGCUCCCCGACAUGUGGGCCCACCUCGCACGGCGCUCAGAUCUGGCGCGCAACGUGCGCGCGGUCCAUAUCUGCGAACGGCACAACUACGGGAUGCCCGAUCACUACCCGACCAGGCUCAUUGACAAGGCCCUCGAUAGAAACUUAGAGAACGCAGAAGAGAGCGUCAGGAUACGCAACCUCUGCCUGGCGCUGGGCCAUAUGCAGCACCUGCGGGUGUUUAGCUGGUCGUGGAGGGACGUCCCAGGCUUCCAGCGCCCCACAUCACACCCGGCCCACGAGAACGCCGUGCUGACCGCCGUCGCCCGGUUACCAAAGCUCGAAACCCUCAGCCUGAACGGCAGUUUCGCAAUGCAUGCUAUACACUCUGCUCUUGACCCGAAGAGCCUGAUGUACCCGGUCUGGGGAGUCAGCAACUUACAAUCUUUGACCCUCUCUGGUGAUACGUGGUCAAAGAUAGGCAAUUCGAAGCAUCUUGUCCAUCUUUUGUCCCGGUCGCCGAACUUGGAGGAUUUGGAAGUGCCUAUGGAGUUUGUGCAUCUAGCGGAUUGUACACUCCCGAAACUCAAGAAACUGAAGCUCCUGAUGCAAGCUGGGGCGAGUAUGGCAAUAGAUCACUCUCGCGCUCGUUUCCUGCAGAACCACCCCUUGAUCGAGGAGCUCAAUUGGUCGCCCAUUGGGAACCCGUGUAUAUCCCCGGACACCCUGCCCAACCUGAAGACUCUCGUUUCGAAUCGGCAGUUCAUCAUCGCGCUCAAUGAUCCAGGCUUCGGGUCGACCACGAGCCCCAAUCCCAGCUUGUCUUUGCUGACACCUCCCUCGACGCCCAUCAGCUUGAGCAGUCCGCCCUCUGCGCCAACACCAACACCAACACCAACACCGUCUGACCCAGACCCUGCAUCUCUUCCACCACUUCCCCCGACGAUUACCCGUCCGAUUGAAUCCCUGGACGUUACAGGACUGGACGCUCAAACGCUGUUGGAGCUCAAGUGCAUCGACCACUCCUGUCUUCGCAAACUCAAGCUUCAUACCUUCGGCGACAUCUCCACUCUGCACGAACUUGCAGAGACUUUCCCGAACAUUGAGUGGCUGUGGUUACCCCCUCUUCAUCUGCCAUCGGAUGCUUCCUAUCCAGUCUCGCUGUCAAGGGAGCAAUGGCUCGAAAUUCUCCCCCGUUUCACCAAUCUUCAAGUGUUCCGUGGUCCCGGCCUAUGGUCGUCGGUCAAGAACGAUAAGCAGGCGAUGCAUGAGCUUCUUAUGGACCUCAUCGCCCUCUGCCCGAACCUCCGCGAAGUCGAUCACUGUGAUUUCUACGAGAAGUUUGCUGCUUCCAAGCGUGUGCAGAUCACCCGGCUAGAAGGCGAGGAUGGACAUCAACAUGUCAACUAUCAGGUGGCGAAGCCUGGUUUAAGGUAUCCGUUCGAUGUCAUGGACGGCGCCUUCGCUUGAA